AUGGCCGAACACCACUACAAGUUCAACGUCAAGAUGACCUGCGGCGGCUGCUCGGGCGCCGUGGAGCGCGUGCUCAAGAAACUGGAUGGCGUCAAAGAAUUCAACGUCUCCCUCGACACGCAGACCGCCGACGUGACCACGGAGGACUCGGUCUCGUACGAGACGGUGCUCGAGAAGAUCAAAAAGACGGGCAAACAGGUCAACUCGGGCGAAGCGGAUGGGGUUACUAUGGCUGUGUAG